AUGGAGGGCGAACUUAUGAGCGACAGUAGUAAUUACUCUAGUCAACACCAACUAUCCAGUCAUGGCCAGGUCAGUAUCUUGGCUAGCUGCUACAUGGCCUCGACUGUCUCAGAGACCAUAAAGGGUUUCCACUACUGCACUCCCAACGGGGCAGGUAUUGGUAUGCCUGAGGUCCCUUCGGGGCCUGAUUCACGCAUGACAAGUCCUCCCCAUAACAUCUCGAACACCGCCAAUACGUGGCCGAGACACAAGGUACCGCGAAAUAGUAUUGACAAUAUUAAUCGAGGGGAGGCAGCGCAAACCAUCACGGAAGAGUGUGAGAGACUCUUCUGCGACACGUUGUCCGUCAUGUUCCUUGGUGAGAGGAACCGCAGACACCGAACGUCGCUAGCGAUGGGUGCGUUUCAGCAAAAUGUCCGGCCGGAUAAUCGGAAAUUAUCACGUCAACGAGACAUCGAAGCUUAUCUUGAACUAUGGGAUUAUGCCAAUGAUGCCAUUUACCGAGGGUUCGUGGUCGAUGGAUGUGGUCAAAGAACUUUGUUCGUCUUUCUUGACAGCCAGGCGACCAGCCAUGGCAUCAAAACUGCUCUGCUUUCACUUUUCGAACUAGCAGAACUGGAAGCCUUUGAAUGCAGCCAAAUUAUGGCCUGUGUACCCCGCUCAGACGAUCCUGUGGGUAGUGGUAUUGUACGGAAUCUAGGAUGGUGUGGAUUCUCCUUGACAAGUCUCGACUCUUGGAUGCCGCCGGGUAAUGGCGGAAUGGCACUAAGCGACAGAUGGCUGUUCCUUGCUGCUCAGGUAAAUAAGCUGCGCGUGGUUGAAGCAGGCUUGUUCAAGUGUCCAGAGACUACAACAAAUCACAGACGCAGCAUUGCUCCAGCAUUUCCCACUUUCCUCCUACCAUCUCCGUCAUUCCCUAGACGUCAGCGCAAGGCAUCCGAAGACUACAAUAUAACGGAAAAUGCAAUAGAAGAUGCAAGCCCCGCGUCCUCCUCGGAGAAUAGUAAAAGAGCUUUGAGGUCGUCACAUUUGUCAUACAUUCGAUGCGCUCGCUGUGGCGCCGAUAUCUGUCACACAUCUCAAAUAAUCAGUAAGGGCUUCACAGGCCGUCAUGGUCGUGCCUAUCUCGUCUCACCGACGGACUCUGCCUCAUUCUUGACUGGGAAACAUCGAACGAACAAUACCGCUAUAUUGCCAAACACCAUCACUCAAAGAGCUGUUCCUCGCCAAUUAGUCACCGGUGCUCACACAGUUGCUGACAUCAAUUGUAUGAUUUGCGGCAGCGUGCUAGGAUGGAAAUACAUAGCAGCCGAGGAAGAAGCGCAACGGUACAAAGUCGGUAAAUACAUAAUCGAGACGAAACGGAUUACGACUUCAUCAUGCUGGGAGUUUCAAGAUGAUUUUCCUUCGCCUACACCGUCGGAUGGUGGUUCAGCUUCUCCCUUAUCGAUGAUGAGGAGGUCUUCUUCUGCUGGUACUACUGCUGGCGGUGGUUCCGGUAUUGAUUCGUCUUCGGAUCUAGAAUUUGAUAGCCAGGAUGAAGAUGAGUGUGAGGAUCUCUUUGCUGGUGUCUGGAGUCCUGGACUGGCUAGACGACGAAGGAAUCGCAAAUUGAGUCGAAAGUUAUGA